CAAUUUUCAAUAUUUUAACCAUUAAUUUUUUUGAACACCCAAUUUGGUUGCAAGAUCCGCCACUGUUUGGGCGGCUACCUUUGCCGAUCGUAUUUCCUCCAGCGUCUUGACUUCAGCUUGGAGUGGAUUCUCCUGCCGAGAAUGGACAUAGCUUCAACCCCUCUCCAAGAUCAGCCAAACCUCUCUCAAAAGAGAGUUGCGGUGGUCGGUGCUGGCAUCAGCGGCCUUGCUGCAGCAUACAAGUUGAAAUUGCAGGGUUUGAAUGUCACAGUAUUCGAAGCUGAUGGGAGAGCUGGAGGGAAGCUGAGAAGUGGUUCCCGAGAUGGCCUAGUAUGGGAUGAAGGAGCCAAUACCAUGACUGAAACUGAAAUGGAAGUCCAAUUGUUACUGGAUUCCCUUGGACUUAGAGAGAAGCAGCAAUUUCCGAUUUCACAGAACAAGCGAUAUAUAGUCCGGAAUGGAGCUCCCGUUUUGUUACCAUUAAAUCCUAUUCAGGUGAUAACUAGCAACUUCCUUUCUGUGGGCUCAAAGCUUCAAAUACUCAAGGAGCCUUUUUUAUGGAUGAAUAAGAAGCUCCCCAAAGAGUCUGAUGUGAAUGAAAGUGUGGGCCAAUUUUUUCAGCGUCAUUUUGGGAAGGAAGUUGUUGAUUAUCUCGUUGAUCCUUUUGUAGCAGGCACCACUGGCGGGGAUCCUGAUUCACUUUCAAUGACUCAUGCCUUUCCUGAACUGUGGGAUCUGGAGAAAAGGUUUAGCUCAGUCAUAUUUGGGGCAAUCCAAUCUAAGAUAUUGUCUAAGAAGAAGAAUCAGGGAUCAAUUGCUGCUUCAAAGAAUAAGCGUAAGCAUGGAUCUUUUUCAUUUUUAGGUGGAAUGCAGACACUUACUGACGCACUGUGCAAAAAACUAGGCGAAGAUGAACUUAAACUUUCAUCAAAGGUCCUAGAAUUAUCUUCUUGCCACAAAGAAAACUGCCUAGAUGGCUGGUUAGUUUCUUAUGCCACACCUCACGUAAUACACUCAGUGGAUGAACCUUUUGAUGCUGUUGUGAUGACGGCCCCCCUGUCUGAUGUCAAAACUAUGAAGUUCACGAAGAAGGGUACUCCAUUUUUGCUCAACUUUCUUCCUGAGAUUGAAUAUGUUCCUCUAUCUGUCAUGAUCACCACAUUCAAAAGAGAGAGCGUAAAACGGCCACUUGAGGGGUUUGGAGUUCUUGUACCAUCUAAAGAAGAACAGAAUGGUUUGAAGACACUAGGCACUAUAUUCUCUUCUAUGAUGUUUCCAGACCGAGCACCCAGCGAUGUCCAUCUUUACACUACAUUUGUUGGGGGGAGUCGAAACAGAGAACUUGCAAAAGCUUCAAGGGAUGAACUGAAGCAGAUCGUAGCUUCUGACCUUAAACAGUUGUUAGGGGUGGAGGGAGAGCCAACGUUUGUAAACCAUGUGUUUUGGAGUAAGGCAUUUCCUCUAUACGGCCGUAACUAUGGUUCGGUCCUGAAAGCGAUUGACAGGAUGGAGGAGAACCUCCCUGGAAUUUUCUAUGCAGGUAAUCAUAAAGGAGGGCUAUCUGUAGGCAAAGCAAUAUUAUCCGGUUGCAGUGCAGCUGAUCUUGUAAUCUCAUAUUUGGAAUCCUCUUCCAGUGGAGUCUCAGAAAUGCCAAUGACUGCUGAUAAGUGACAAGGGUAGGCCGCUUGUACUUCAUAUUAUCCUGGUUACUACUGCCAGUGUGUGUAGUAUUCUAUUUGGCUUAUGAUUUUUAUUAACCCCAUAUGCAGGAGGGUUAGGAGUAGGUUACUCAUGAGCGCAAAUUGUACUUUUGUAUUAUGGUAUUUAUGUAAUUUCCAUAUAUAUAUAUAUGUAUCUAUAUACUCCGUAUAUUUCUAAACCGGGAUGACAAACCAUCAAAAUCAAUGGGUAGAUGCUUGGGAACAUCUAUCAGGAUAUUAUUAAAGACGAAUCAACGUUAAAUACAAGGAGAAGAGGGGGAUAUUUCCAAAACCUCUUCCAAGAAGGCAUUGAGCUUGAGUCACAGAUCCGUAGGUGAUCCUCAUCCAAGUUAUGUAGGUGGGCAAUCAAGAAAACAACUUUAUUGGAGCAAGAAGGAAUAAGAUGGCAUUUCAUAAUUCUGCAAGAGAUUAUACGGCUUUGCACGUACUGAACAAGUCAGGAAACCUCAUCAGCAAUGUAUUCAGACGUGGUAUCAAUUUCAACGCUUAAAUAACUGUUAAUUGCACACCAUUUGAUCACCUCAUGUAGGGCAUAUAAAUGAACGUGUGUCCAGUCAUUAUGCCUUCAUAAUAGUUCAGUCUUAUGGGAGGAUAACUGAGAAGUACCUGCAGCAUGCAUUUUGCCUUCGUAGUCAUGAAGGAUAAACCCUGCAACAUUCUUAUAUACAGCCAAAUUAUUUUUUUAUGCGAG